AAAAAUGUAAUCAAUAAACAUAAACAACAAUUUAAAAAAAAAAAAAAGAAAAAAAAUCAAACAAUCCAUGCUUCCAGUUCCCCGGCGGCGACGAAAAGUCAGUCAGUCUCCUCCGAUGAAAUUAUAAAAAUCAUUCAAAUCCCCAACUAACUAACCUAACCCUCCCGACGGACGGAGUAAGGGCGAAUGAGAGGCGGUUUCAAGUUGAUCGCCGUGGUGCUGGUUAUCGCGGGUGGCGUCGUGAACGGUAGCCAGUUGAAAGGCGAUUACUCCAAGUUAUCGGGGAUAAUAAUACCAGGUUUUGCGUCUACUCAGCUUCGAGCAUGGUCUAUUUUGGAUUGCCCUUUCUCUCCUCUUGAUUUCAAUCCUCUCGAUUUGGUCUGGCUCGAUACCACCAAAUGUCUUUCUGCAAUGAAUUGCUGGCUUAAGUGCAUGAUGUUGGAUCCUUACAACCAAACCGAUCACUCUGAAUGCAAAUCCCGACCAGAUAGUGGCCUUUCCGCCAUCACAGAGCUUGACCCAGGGUAUAUAACAGGCCCACUUUCAUCAGUGUGGAAGGAAUGGAUUAAAUGGUGCAUUGAAUUUGGGAUCGAGGCAAACGCUAUUCUUGCCGUUCCAUAUGAUUGGAGACUGUCACCGUCAAAGCUCGAGGAGCGGGAUUUGUACUUCCACAAGCUCAAAGUUACAUUCGAAAUAGCACUUAAACAUCGUGGUGGUCCGUCCAUUGUAUUCGCCCAUUCACUGGGUAACAACGUUUUUCGGUACUUUUUAGAGUGGUUGAAGCUAGAAAUUUCCCCCAAACGAUAUAUCCAGUGGCUAGAUGAUCAUAUUCAUGCCUACUUUGCUGUUGGAGCUCCUCUUCUUGGUUCAGUUCAAACUGUAGAAGCAACACUAUCUGGUUCCACUUUUGGUCUUCCUAUACCCGAGGGGACAGCCCGAUUGAUGUUCAAUUCAUUUGGCUCUUCACUAUGGAUGUCGCCGUUUUCAGAGCAUUGUACAAGUGAAAAGGUGUACUCAAAGCAUUUUUCCGGUGGGCGCAGAAAAAAACACAGUGUAUAUCAGUGUGAUGACCUUGAAUAUCGGUUAAACUAUUCUGGUUUUCCAACAAACAUAAUCAAUAUUGAGAUCCCGUCUGUUGUAGCAGAAGCUUAUCCGUCCUUUGGAGAUAAAAUGCAAGCAAAUUUAUCUAACAUGGAAUGCGGGGUACCCACUCAGCUAUCGUUUUCUGCUCGUGAGAUAGCAGACGGGACGUUUUUUAAAGCGAUUGAGGAUUAUGAUCCCGAUAGCAAAAGGCUUCUUCACCAAUUAGACAAGUUAUAUCAUAAUGAUCCCGUUAUAAAUCCGCUGACACCUUGGGAGAGACCACCUUUGAAAAACAUCUUUUGUAUAUAUGGAGUAGAUUCAAGAACCGAGGUUGGUUACUAUUUUGCACCAAGUGGCAAGCCUUAUCCCGACAACUGGAUUAUGACCGAUGUUGUUUAUGAGUUUGAAGGAUCUUUGUAUACCAGGUCUGGGAAUUUGAUUGAAGGAAAUCCUGGGGCUGCAAGUGGUGAUGAGACGGUACCGUAUAAUUCUCUUUCUUAUUGCAAGAAUUGGCUGGGAUCUAAAGUUAACAUAACAAGAACUCCUCAGUCAGAGCAUGAAGGGGAAGACGUGCAAGUGCAUUUAGAUGUAGAACACCAUCCAGGAGCAGACAUAAUCCCGAACAUGACAAGAUCUCCUCGUGUUAAAUAUAUAACUUAUUAUGAAGAUUCUGAAAGCCUUCCAGGACAAAGGACAGCUGUUUGGGAACUUGAUAAAGCAAAUCAUAGGAACAUUGUGAGAUCCCCUAUUCUUAUGCGGGAGUUAUGGCUUGAGAUGUGGCAUGAUAUUCAUCCCGAUAAGAAAUCAAAAUUUGUUACGAAAGGUAAGCGUGGACCUUUGAGAGAUGAAGAUUGUUAUUGGGAUUAUGGGAAAGCCCGUUGUGCAUGGCCUGAGUAUUGUGAAUAUAGAUAUGUUUUUGGAGAUGUACACUUGGGUCAAAGUUGCAGGGUCAGAAGCUCUUCAGCUGAUCUCCUUCUGAGUUAUGUAUAAAAAUCUUGAGGUAGUUGAUGGUCCGGUUUUUGAUGAAUGACGGUGGUGGGAUAUGAUCCUGGAAUCAUAUCCAGGUACAUGAUAAUCCCGUUGAUGUGUCAUGAUGAACUAUACACCAUACAUACAGGAGAUUGAUGACCGUCCAGUAGAAGGCCUUUUCUUUUCUUUUGAAGCAUUUCGCCGCCAUUAGUUAUUGAAGCAUGUAUGAAGUAUCAUUCAUCAUGUUUGUCUUAAGUCGGAAUUUUGUCUAUGCGUAUUAAAAGUCAAAUAUUUGGUCAUUUUUAUUACAUACGGUGAAAGUUUGAUAGUUUGUAUACUUCGGGAUCAUCGACUUACACUUAUGAUACUAGUUAUCGUGAUGUGACUUGUACAAUAUGCUGUACACUGCUUGUA